CCCAGCCGCCCGGGUCCCGCUCUCCCCGCGCCGGAGGGACCCGCAUCCUCCCGGCUCCCUCCUCUCGGGUUGGAUUUACAUAGUGAUGUGUAAACUACAGGAUGCCCAGCAGCACUGGAAAGAGGUUUAAACCUACGAAAUACAUCCCGGUCUCCACAGCAGCUGCCUUAUUAGUGGGUUCGACUACUUUAUUUUUUGUUUUCACGUGCCCCUGGUUGACAAAAGCCAUCUCCCCAGCCAUCCCAGUGUACAAUGGACUCGUUUUCUUGUUUGUACUGGCAAACUUCAGCAUGGCAACUUUCAUGGACCCUGGAGUUUUCCCACGAGCAGACGAAGACGAGGACAAAGACGACGACUUCCGCGCGCCGCUGUACAAGAACGUGGAGAUCAAAGGAAUCCAAGUACGGAUGAAGUGGUGUGCCACCUGCCACUUCUACCGCCCGCCCCGCUGCUCCCACUGCAGCGUCUGCGACAACUGCGUGGAGGAUUUUGACCAUCACUGCCCAUGGGUCAACAAUUGCAUAGGACGGAGGAACUACCGCUAUUUUUUUCUCUUCUUGCUGUCCUUAAGUACGCACAUGGUUGGAGUGUUCACCUUUGGGCUCAUCUUCGUACUCAACCAUAUGGAAAAGCUGGGAGCAGCUCAUACUACCAUCACAAUGGCUGUCAUGUGUGUGGCUGGGUUAUUCUUCAUCCCAGUCAUUGGUCUCACUGGCUUCCAUAUUGUUCUAGUGGCCCGAGGGCGCACAACAAAUGAACAGGUGACAGGGAAAUUCCGUGGAGGGGUGAACCCUUUUACCCGAGGAUGCUGUGGAAACGUGGAACAUGUGCUCUGCAGCCCCUUGGCUCCCAGGUACGUGGUUGAGCCCAAGAAAAAGCAAGCCGUGAGUGUGAAGCCUCCUUUCCUGAGACCUGAUUUGUCUGAGCGACAGAUCACAGUGAAGAUCAGUGACAAUGGCAUCCAAGCCAACCUCAACCGGAGCAAGUCUAAAAUCAGCCUGGAAGGUCUGGAGGAUAAAAGUAUGGAUGUGCAACCACCUCUCCCACCCAAAGGAGAUCCAAGCAAGUACUCUGAGCUAAAAGGGCAGCUGGGCACCAGUGAAGAAGGUGGCCUCUCACCCAAACUUAUCAGCCCUCCUACUCCUGCCAUGUACAAAUACCGACCAGCUUUCAGCAACAAUCCCAAAGUCCACUACCACGCCACGGCCGAGCAGAUCACCUUGCAGGAGGGACACAGUCAAGGGGCACUGAUAGAAGAGGAUGGCAGGAGCCUUGAUUACCAGUCCGAACCCAGCUUGGACAUCCCCAGCUACCGGAAGAGCUCCCUCCACAAGACCUAUCAGUCUUCCCCACUCCAGAUAGAUUCCUUUGCCAUCAAUUCACGAUCCCUGAGCCUGAAAUCUGCCGGCAGGAGAGGGACAGACAAAGUGCCCCUUCAUCCAAUAAAGUCUGAAGGGGCGGCUUCCACCCCUUACAAAAGCAUCUUUUCUCCCAAUUCCCUGUCAAACAGAAAUGGGAGUCUUUCGUAUGACAGUUUGUUGAACCCCAUGUCUCCCUCGGGAAGGAAGUGCAUCGCCCAUUCUGCAGUCAGCUCUGUCGGGUACCACUCCCCAUAUUUGUCAGCCAAAAUGUGCCACCUCCGGGGCAGCGAGCUGCAGCGCCAGCCACCGCAGAGCUUCAGCCCUGUGCUGGGGAGCCCAGCCCCGCAUCAGCGAGACCCCUCCCCAGUGCGCUACGAUAACCUUUCCAAGACAAUUAUGGCAUCCAUCCAGGAAAGGAAAGAGAUGGAAGAGAGGGAGAAGCUCCUCCACUCGCACCCUGACUCGGUGUUUGCAGACUCGGGCGUCUAUGACACACCCAGCUCCUACAGCCUUCAGCAAGUGAGCACGCUCUCAGAAGACCCGCGCAGCAUGGCCAUGAGAUACGGAUCCAGGGACAAUCUGAUGGCUGCCACCAGCUUUAGCACAAGGAACCCUAUACUGCAGUCCUCAGUGUCUUCACUUUCAAGUGCAAUGACAAGAGCACCAAGGACUUCCACAACCUCUCUGCAAGCUGAUUUAGCCAAUAAUAACGUGCAGUCCCAUCAAGCACUACAGGGCAGGGUGAGCAAUGGCUCCUACAAAUCCCCAGGCCACCAGGUCCCAUCGUCCCCCACAGGGAUGCCUAGGUCACCCUCUUACGGAGGCCCGAAGGCUGUGUCGUUUGUUAACACUGUGGAAAUUACAGAGGUGCAAUCAGUGGGAGCACAGAGGGAUGACAUGCAGUUGAAGACCUCUCACAGUAAAAUAAAUGGACAGCCAAAAGGAAUAGCCAGGUUGGGUUCAACUUCAAGUUCCCAGGGGACGCCUGUCAGCCCUGCUAGACACUCAAAUGUUAAGAAGGUGUCUGGAGUUGGUGGAACAACCUAUGAAAUUUCGGUGUAAAAUAAAAUGAAUUAAAAACAAAGAGCCAUCCACUCAGCCAGCCAUGAAGCUAGGAGCACUGUGAAGACUCAAAUAACAACAAAGAAGGAGCAGCAGCAGUCGGCCACUCUCCUUUUCUUGUUUUGGGUUUGUUCUGUUUUCAUCUUUCUCUUUUGGCCAAAAACCAGCUGCAGCCUUAUUCUUGAGGGAAAAAUAAAAUUGUACAGUGUAUCAGACUCUUCCUGAACCGACAGGCGGGAACUGGCUACGACCUAAGACCACCACAGAGCGGAUUUCCUUCCUGCAAGAGAGCGCUAAAGCCAUUGUGCGCGUGUCUGUCCAACCACUCUGUUGUGUACCAGUUGUGCUGUGAAAAAGGACGGUCAGUCCAGGAUCAGUCAGUUCUCCCAUGCCCCUUCGCAGUUCUUCUGGCCAGAGAUGUGCCCUGCAGGAGCCAGAGGACCAACUGCUGUUUUCCUGCUGACAUGGAAAGUAGUGUUCCUGCGCUGGGCAGGAGCUUCUCCUUGUCCCCCGGGUACUGCAGCUCAGGUUCCUCCUCCUGGGAAGGAACAAGGCAAAGCCACUUGGGCUGCAGACACCAUGUUGUCUUUAAAAGCCUCCCUGGUCCCAGAUGGGGGCAGGAGAAAGGAUAGCAACAGCUUCUCCCCGUCUGCCAUUGGCCUCCCUGUGUGUGAAGUUGUGUGUGUGUGUGCGUGUGUUUGUCUCCGUGGAAAAGGACCGCAACACCGGCAAGGAUCUGCCACUCUGACCUCCUGCUCCCUCUGGGUUUGAAAAGCUUCUCUGACCCGCAAACAAAACCAAGCAGAUAAGAAAGGAAAUGUUCGGAUGGAAACGUAUUUUAAACAGCCGUCAGCUGCUUUCCCUGCACCCUCCUUACCUGUUGGAUUUAGGCAGUAACAGAGUUUACUGCCUUGCCCUGGUGCCGUCAGUGUAAUCCCGCAGCAAGGUUACCGUGAGCUGUCGAAUUUACAGUGCGUGUAACUGAGCCAAGCGUGCAUCUGAAGGAUAUAAAUUUUCUGUCUGCUUAAUUACUAGCACAUUCCCUCUGGUCUUCAAUACUGUUAGACAAAGGAUUUUCAAUUUGGGUUUUUCCCUCCUGGGGAACAACUUUUUAAAAUAAUAUCAAUCAAAUCUAUUUAACAUUCUGAGGUUUCUUUUUCCUGUCUCCAGAAAACUACAUUUGCUUUGUUGGAUUUAAAGACAACUUUACCGUUAAAAAACAAGAAAGGGGUGUAUUACUUUUGUCAAAAAUAUGAGGACUCUGGCAAACCUAAUUUUGGGACAAAUGGAUUUUUAUUUCUCUGUUCCUUAUCUCCUUUUCCUUACUAUUCAGCUACCACCUCAGAAGUCAAAAGUACUGAGAUCUGGACCAAUGCUAACUAGCCAGAUCAUGUGUGCAAUUAAGAAUAUCCUGAGCGACUGUUGCCAAAGUAACUAAAAAUUAUUAUUUAUCACUGAGCCAGUCAGCAUAUAAGACCUCGACUUCCCACCUGGUUCUCUUGGUGAAUAAUUUUGAUUAGAGAUCUAAAUCCAUCAUUUUUCAGGAUAUUUGUUUCAAGGGGUUAAAUCCUUUUCAGUCCUUGACUGUAAUGGAAAGCUCUCCAGGUAUUUGGUAGCAAUUCAGAAUGUGUUCAUAACAUCUUAUUUGUUUUCAUGUAUGUUGGGGUUAAUUACUCCAGAAGGCAAAUAUUGACCUUAAUUUUGCCUGGUUAAAAUUUAUAUUUUGAUUUGAUGAAUCUUGACAUCUGCUGCAAUACAUGGUUAUUAUGUCCCUUGUAUAUCACGUUAUUUUUUGGAGACAAAGGUUGAAGAGAACAUACGAAAGUUAAUCAUCUCUCUGUGUAAUGCUCUAUGUUGCCUGAAGGGAGAAGCCUGGAAAGCAAUGCAUCUGCAAUAGGCUGAAGUUCUGAGAGAGUGAAGUAGAAAUCAGUGUGCAUUUUAUCGCCUUGGUGAUAUUCUAAAUGCCUGGUGUAGGGAUAUUGCAGAGCAGAGAAGCAAUAGUCUUUCUAUGCAGAUUUGCUCGCUGUCAUGUAGAACGCUGUCUUUAGUUGGAGGCACCGUGGUACCAGAAGGAUGCUGGCAAACUGGAUCAGGUGCAGGUGGAGCAAUAUAUAUUAAAGAACUGGAUGGGCUGGCUAAUGAGAAGAUGUAAAGGGCUAAAAGGUGCCACUGGCUAAGCAAUGAGGUGGAAAUUGAGUAUCAUAAUUUUACGAAUACGCUACUUAAAAGUUGUAAAACCAAAGGUAAAUCAAAGGGUUGUCACUGGUAACCAAUGAUCUACAUUUAGAAUGGGGCAGAAAAGAUGAAGAGGUAGGGGCAGUGGAAUAGUCUUCCAAGCAGAGUUGUGGACAAACUGUUUAGGACAGUCAAACUGUCUUUGGAAAAGUCAUUAAAAAAUUUCUGAGAGGUGAGCCUGUAGGGACAAGGGGUAGACCAGAUGGCCUUACAGAUUUCUUCCAUCUUUAACUGUUAUUAAUCUGCAGUCUACCCUGAUGUUAACUCCUCAGGAAGAUGCAGUACCUCUUUAAGGACUGGAAUUCACUCUGGUGCAUAGAGUAUCACAAGAAUUACUUGUUUUUAAAGUAUCAUGUAUGCCAUAUGUAAGCCCUGAAAAAGAGGGGGUAUGAAACACAUGGGGUUAGGGAGUGAGACAAGGGCACAUUUUAUCAUGUAUCUUUGAAUACGUACAUGAAAUUCAUGCAAGCAAGGCUGAAAAUUUGCACCAGUGUAAUAUUUGAGAUUUGCAUCCCAGUGAUGCUCCACUUUGAUCGUUCUUUCUCUUGCAUUUAUAAAUGAAAAAGCUACUGAGGAACUUGAAGGGCUGAAGAGCCUUUGAAGUUAACUACAUUAGUUCAUGAGAGAAUUUCUCAGUAAGACUAAACACAGUAUUGUGUGUAUAAAGCACUAAUAUCCAGGGUUAUUUUGACAUAGUUCACAAGGGGUAAGGGAGAAAAAAAGGAUGCACUGUGUCAGUACAGGUUCAGCAGUAAGGAUUAUGUAUUUUGUGAGUAGUUUUGCCCACAGUUGAGAGACAUUCAACUUUUUCAUAGGUUUACAAUGGUACCAAAGUAUUUUUUUUCUUUUUUUUUUCUUUUUUUUCCUUUUUUUUUUUUCUUUUGAGGUUUGCUUUUAAUUCAGUGCACAUAGCCUGGAGUAAAUGAUUCAAAUUUUCUGAAAGAAUACUCUAAGCAGAACUGUUAACAGGAGAUUGCAUGCAGCAAAUUCAGCCUCAUUUCUAUCCAAGGCACUGAACCUGCAGCUAUUUACUCAUAAAUGUAAGUGUCUGUUCUAUAGUUCCUGUUGUGGGACUGGGGACCUAUUUAUUAAAUCUAAUUUUUGAGCAGAAUGCAGCCCAUAUUAAAGUAUAGUUCUUUAAGCAGUUUACAGAUCAGCAGUAAGGUUCUUCUGCCCAGAUAUCCUGUUUUUGCAGACACUGCAGGCCAAAUCUUCAGCUGGUAUAAAUUGGUGUGGCUUCAUGAAAGCUCGUUUAAUUGAUGCUAAUUUAUAGUAGGUGGGGAUCAGCCAUGAAAAUCCAGCACGAGUUAACACAUCCUGUAAAGUAGCUUCUUUAUUUUUGUCAUGCUUAUUUCAUGUUUUGAAAGUCUUAAAUAUUUUCAACAUUGUUUUUAUUUGUAGCUGUGGAUUGUAUUACUUAUUUAAAAAAGAGCAAUAGUUUUUGUUUUUAGUUUACGCAUCAGUUUUCAUUGCAUAUUGCAUUUUAUUAUCAGUUUGUUCCCUGUUCAUACGCUCCCAUUUAGCCUCCAGGUUUUCAUUGUAGUACUUUUCUGCCUUGAAAAGUUGGAUCUCUUUAUCUUUAAUUGUAUAAUAUAUUGAGUAUUAUGGAAUUAAAUGUACCUUACUACAUGGGUGGGAGAGAGAGAAAAUAUUUUUACUUGAAGCCUUAAUAUUUUCUUUUUUUUACUACUUUGUUUGUUGACCUCAUAGGAAAGUUUGAAUAGCAAAGAGUUUGAAACUCCGGGCCAAAUACUGCACUGACAGACAACCAGCAUUUGGCCCCCAUGUCAAAACUGGAUGCAGACAUAACCUGAAGUGAACAAGGGAAAAAGCCUCAGGGUGGCAUACUUUCCUGAAGAUCCUUAAUGCAGUCUCAAAGCAAGUCUGUAAGCAAGUACAAUAAAGAAGUCUUCAAGUCUUGAAUUUUUAAGGAGGGUGAUAGCAGGAACUGCCCUAAUACCUUACAUCUGCUUCUUCUUUUUUUUCUUUUUUCUUUUUUUUUUUUUUCUCUUUUUUUAAAAAUUAAGCAAAACAAAUGUAUUUACUCAGUUUGGUUCAGCCAGCUCGGGGGGGUUGCACAGAGCUCUGUGUUGGUAGCCACGUGCAGCGCAUGAGCUGUGGGGUGUUGCUGUUCUAAUUCUAACCAAGCGUGAUGUUGUGUCAACUCGGCCCGCGAGGAUCCCUCCCGGGCCUCACCGUGGACGUUCCUCAGAUGAUGCCUACUCUCCUACAAGCUAAUAUGGAAAUUGCAAUGUGAUUUUCUUUGGACUAUAUCUGUGGUCCAGACUAGAGAUAUAUAGAGAGAUAUAUAUAUAUAGUCAAUAUUUUUCUCUGUGUGUGGGAAAGAUGGGGUCAAGCUUUUCUGUCUCUGACAGUCUGAAAAGUUAAUGUCGAACCGUUUUUAUGGUCUGUAUUUCACCUGUUCUGCCACCUUGAAUUGUUGGAAUGUAUCUGUGCAGGCUAUGUGGAGCUCUGUCUGUAACCUUUUUUGUGGCUCUCGUAAUACAUAUAUAUUUUUUAAA